UACUGUGUGAGCUGUGAUUGGUCACAGCUUGUCACAUGGUACAAGGCUAUUGUGAAUAGCCUUGUACCAUGUGACCACUGUGAUCAUUCACAGAUUUCACAGGUAGUAAGCAAUGAUGUCAUAAGUGACAUCUUGAUUACUACUCUGCAUGUGAUCACUGAUUGGCCAUGAAGUGGGGGACUGUCAGCCAGGGUAACACUGUGACAUAGACUCCAGUGCCCAGUCAUAUGUGUCCUCGCGAGAUGUUUAACUCCGACGGGAGAAACCUGAAUGUAAACAAUACAGAUCUCUCCCCUGUCAGCUCCUGCACACUGCUUUUUA